CUGACAUCCGUGUCCUCUCUUGCCCUAAGAGUAAGCAUUACACCAUCACCCUCGGGUCCAGCCAAAGUUAGGAGUAUUGCAGGGACGCCCGACCGACAGAGCGUCUCCCUUUGAGGAGAAAUCAUUUGCAAACGUCUUUGAAGAAAACUCCAAAGGGAGCUAGCCAGUCAGUGAGGAGGCUCCAGGCAGGGCAGCAGGAGGACAAGCUUUGGGGGCCGGUGAUUGGUGUGUCUGGGGCUCGCGGCUGCUACUGCUGCCGCCGCCGCCGUCGCCGCCGCCUCCCGUAGCCUUUGCAAACGCUUUUGUCUCACAGUGGGAGCCAGACUCCUGAGCGGUGUUCAGAGCCGAUCUUGGGAGGGAGGGCUGCAUUGUGCCGCUGCUGGGGGGGGUUCGGGAGGAACAGCCGGGCGCCUCCAGACUGGAGCUGCCUGCCACACUAGGCUCAGAUGGCUUCCUGCUAGUCUCACCAAAGCGUAGCCUCUCUGGGCAUUUUUUCCAGGUAGAUGUUUGCUCUCUGAGAGCAGCAGGGAGCUGGACCCCCCUGGACUAAGUCAUUCUUCAGGGACUCGAUGCCUGUCUCCUCCUCAGCUCCGCUGCUUCCUUUGAUGUUACCAAACUGCUCUGGCCAUCUUCCUCUCGCGGACUGGGGUCUGCUCACACACAGUUCGUUGUGGGUGCUUUGGGGGAUUCCAGAGGUUGCCAACGAAGUGAAUGAGGAGUGGGACAAACAACCAUGCAGGUUCCCCUUUGCUUAAACAGACUGAUUGCCGUUGGUUCUAAUAGGAUUGUUUUUUCUUCUUGGCCUUUGAGUUCUUGAGGUGCCCAAGGAUUGAGUCCAUGUGUAGUGAAUUGGGCUCUCUCUCUCCCCACCAAGGACCCAUGGAGGUGGUGACGAAGCAGGCCAAGGCACACCCAGACAGGAGGCUCGCUGGCACUCACCAUCGGUAAUCUUUGCUACUCCCGUGCAAGGGACCCACCGCAAAGGCUGCCCACCUGGUAGCGUGGCCGUCCUCUUGCACUGUCCUCUGGUUCCGACCCCACGCGUGCAAUGGCGGACUGAAAAAUAAUCUCACUCUAAUAAGAGCAGAUUUGAGCUGACGAGCUAUUUAGAGAUAAGCAUUCUCCCCAGGCUGAGGCUGGCAGCUAGAGCAUCCAUCAUGGUCUUCCCCAGACCCCUGGCCAUCACCUUGUCCUUGUCAGGCCUCAUCCUGCUUGCAUUGCACCUGUCUACUUCCCACAAUGUGUCUGAUGCCCCCAGCAACGAGCAGCAACUGUGCACCCUGAGGGAGCACCCAACUAUAGCCUUCGAAGAUCUGAAGCCAUGGGUCUCUAACUUCACCUAUCCUGGAGUUCAAGAUUUCUCCCAGCUUGCUCUAGACCCCUCCAGGAACCAGCUCAUCGUGGGAGCCAGGAACUAUCUCUUCAGACUCAGCCUUACCAACAUCUCUCUCCUUCAGGCUACAGAGUGGAGCUCCAAUGAGGAAACACGAAAGUCCUGCCAAAGCAAAGGAAAGACUGAAGAGGAGUGUCAGAACUAUGUUCGGGUCUUGAUUGUGUCUGGCAGGAAGGUUUUCACGUGUGGCACCAAUGCCUUCUCUCCAGUGUGCUCCAGCAGACAGGCAGGGAACCUCAGCCGGACAAUUGAAAAGAUCAAUGGUGUGGCCCGAUGUCCCUAUGACCCCCGACACAACUCCACAGCAGUGAUCUCGGAACAGGGUGAACUGUAUGCUGCCACUGUCAUCGACUUCUCCGGCCGAGACCCUGCCAUCUACCGGAGCCUGGGCAGCGGCCCCCCUCUUCGAACUGCUCAGUAUAACUCCAAGUGGCUCAAUGAGCCCAACUUCGUGGCUGCCUACGACAUUGGGCUGUUCGCCUACUUCUUCCUGCGCGAGAACGCGGUGGAGCACGAUUGCGGGCGCACCGUCUACUCCCGGGUGGCUCGCGUGUGCAAGAACGACGUGGGCGGGCGCUUCCUGCUGGAGGACACGUGGACCACGUUCAUGAAGGCGCGACUGAACUGCUCCCGCCCAGGGGAGAUCCCCUUUUACUACAACGAGCUCCAGAGCGCCUUCCACCUCCCGGAGCAGGAUCUGGUCUACGGAGUCUUCACCACUAACGUAAAUAGCAUCGCUGCUUCUGCUGUCUGCGCCUUCAACCUCAGUGCCAUCUCCCAAGCCUUCAAUGGCCCCUUCCGCUACCAGGAGAACCCGAGGGCUGCCUGGCUCCCCAUUGCCAACCCUAUCCCCAAUUUUCAGUGUGGAACCCUGCGAGAUGUUGGUCCCAAUGAGAACCUGACAGAGAGGAGCCUGCAGGAUGCCCAGCGUCUGUUCCUGAUGAGUGAGGUGGUUCAGCCGGUGACUCCAGACCCCUGUAUCACACAGGACAGCGUCCGCUUCUCUCACUUGGUGGUGGAUCUCGUUCAGGGCAAGGACACCCUCUACCACGUGCUUUACAUCGGCACCGAGUCAGGCACCAUCCUCAAGGCGCUGUCCACAGCCAGCCGCAGCCUCCGGGGCUGCUACCUGGAGGAGCUACAGGUGCUGCCUCCUGGGCGCCGAGAGCCACUCCGUAGUCUGCGCAUCCUUCACAGCGCCCGAGUGCUCUUUGUGGGGCUCAGUGACGGGGUGCUGAGGAUCCCUCUGGAGAGGUGUGCCACCUAUCGUACCCAAGGGGAGUGCCUGGGGGCCCGGGACCCGUACUGUGGCUGGGAUGGGAAGCAACAGCGCUGCAGCACCCUGGAGGACAGUGCCAACAUGAGCCUCUGGAUUCAGAAUAUCACAGCCUGUCCAGUGCGGAACCUGACGUGGGACGGGGGGUUUGGGCCAUGGUCUCCAUGGCAACCCUGUGAGCACGUGGAUGGAGAGAACUCGGGCUCCUGCCAGUGCCGAGCUCGAGCCUGCGACAAUCCCCGUCCCCGCUGCGGGGGACGGGCCUGCCCAGGACCCACCAUCCAUGUGGCCAACUGCUCCAGAAAUGGCGCGUGGACCCCGUGGUCAUCCUGGGCCUUGUGCAGCACCUCUUGUGGGAUCGGCUUCCAGGUCCGCCAGCGGAGCUGCAGCAACCCAGCUCCCCGGCACGGGGGCCGAAUCUGCGUGGGCAAGAGCCGGGAAGAGAGGUUCUGCAAUGAGAAUAGCCCCUGCCCUGUCCCCAUCUUCUGGGCCACCUGGGGCUCCUGGAGCAAAUGCAGCAGCAACUGUGGGGGCGGAGUCCACUCCAGGCACAGAGUCUGUGAAAAUGGGAAUUCCUGCCCAGGUUGUAGUGUGGAGUACAAAACGUGUAACCCCGAGAGCUGCCCCGAGGUGCGGAGGAACACCCCCUGGACCCCGUGGCUCCCCGUGAACGUGACCCAGGGGGGCGCCCGCCAGGAGCAGCGAUUCCGCUUCACGUGCCGGGCCCCGCUCCCCGACCCUCACGGCCUUCAGUUCGGGAGGAAGAGGACGGAGACCCGCUCUUGCCCCGCCGAUGGCUCCGGGGCCUGCGAUACUGACGCCCUGGUGGAAGAUCUCCUCCGGACCGGAAGUAAUGCCCCCCAUGUGGUGAGCGGGGGCUGGGCUGCCUGGGGACCCUGGUCAUCCUGUUCCCGAGACUGCGAGCUGGGCUUCCGAACCCGGAAGAGAACCUGCACGAACCCAGAGCCUCGAAACGGAGGCCUGCCCUGCGUGGGAGACGUCACCGAGUAUCAGGACUGCAACUCGCAGCCCUGCCCAGUACGUGGUGCGUGGUCAUGCUGGACCCCAUGGUCCCCAUGCUCAGCCUCUUGUGGGGGAGGCCACUAUCAGCGGACACGUUCCUGUACCAGUCCUGCCCCUUCCCCUGGAGAAGACAUCUGCAUUGGGUUGCACACAGAAGAAGCACUUUGUGCCACCCAAUCCUGCCCAGGUGGUUGGUCAUUGUGGGCUGAGUGGAGUGUGUGUGGUGAGGAUGGAACCCAGAGCCGGAGCCGUGACUGCGAGGAACUUGUCCCUGGAACUGCUCCCUGCCUGGGCAAUGGCAGCCAGAUCCGGACCUGCCCAUACAGUGAGAUCCCUGUGAUCCUGCCUGCUUCCAGCAUUGAUGAUGCCACCAGCUGUGGAGGGUUCAGCCUUAUCCAUUUGGUGGCUACUGGUGUUUCCUGCUUCUUGGGCUCCGGCCUCUUGACCUUUGCUGUCUACCUGUCCUGUCAGCGCUGCCAGCGGCAGACCCAGGAGUCCACGCUUGUUCACCCCACCACUCCCAACCACCUGAACUACAAAAGUGGGGGCGGGGGCACCCCCAAGAAUGAGAAGUACACACCCAUGGAGUUCAAGACCCUGAACAAAAACAACCUGAUCCCGGACGACAGGGCCAACUUCUACCCGCUGCAGCAGACCAAUGUCUACACGACCACCUACUACCCCAGCUCCCUGGGCAAACACAGUUUCAGGCCAGAGGCCUCCCCAGGACAACGGUGCUUCACCAACAGCUGAUGAUGGCGCCCUCGGGGGAUGGGCCUCCAGGCCCGUCACCAUCCCGGGCACCAGAGGGCGGCACUGGGCUCCCUCGUCCCUGCCCAGCGAGCCCUGGGACCAGACCGCCCCCUCUGGGGAGGGGAGGACCGGCAUGACGUCCUUGAGGACCGGGUCAGGGUUGUGUGACCUCCGGCCGAGCUCCGAGGGUGGGCCGUGCCCCUUCCCCGCCUUCCCCGCUCACUACCCUCCGGCCACACAUCGGACACGGACCCACCAAGACGGGAGGAACGGGAAGAGGGUGGGAUAGUCUGAUUUGGGCUGAAAUGACCCUUGCUCUGGCGGGCGCCGACAGACGGCUGCAUCCCAUCCCUACUUGUGACAGCAGGAAACGGCCCCCACCUCCGGCCAGUCCCACUUUGGAAAGGAACUGAAAAGACAAACCAUCUAUCUAUAUCCGAGGGCCCAACCAGAGAGCUGGGCCGCGGGGCCUCUGUCUGGGUCCUGGGCCCCCUCGAGGCCUUGCCUUUGUCCUGCCCCAGGCCGUGCCUUUGUCCCACCUUCUCCUGCCGGGGAAGAGGCAGGUGCUGGCAGCCUCCCGCAGCGGCCCCUCCGAGGACAGGCUCCCCCGCACCUGGGCCGUUCCACAUCCUUUCAGAACCCACGAGAUGAGCCGCUGCGGCAGUGACGGUGGCAGGCCGCGGCCUUGUUCAUUAAACAUUAUAUCCAGCCUCUCA